GGAUGUCUGCCCGUCGCCACCAUCAAAGGCACUGUCCCUCUCGAGGGUAAGUUGGACAUCUCGCUCCAAGACCAAACCUGUCGCUGGGGCCACUGUGAUUUUCAUAGCCCUGAAGAAAAUGAGCGUCAAGAAGAAAGAUCUUAUCACCUUACUGGACCCUGAAGCCAAGUAUCCGCUGCCCUUGAUUGAGAAGGAGCAAAUCAACCACAACACCAGAAGGUUCCGCUUUGGACUGCUGUCACCAGACCAUGUCCUAGGGCUUCCUGUAGGUAACUAUGUCCAUCUCUUGGCACAAAUUAACAAUGAAUUGGUGAUAAGGGCUUACACGCCUGUCUCCAGUGACGAUGAUCAUGGCUUUGUGGACUUAAUUAUAAAGAUCUACUUCAAAAAUGUGCACCCCAAGUACCCUGAAGGAGGAAAGAUGACUCAGUACUUGGAGAACAUGAAAAUUGGGGACACCAUCCUUUUUCGGGGGCCAACGGGGCGCCUAGUCUACAAUGAGCCAGGGACACUUCUAAUCAAAGCAGACAAAACGAGUGAGCCUGAAAAAAAGCUGGUUCAUCACCUGGGGAUGAUUGCUGGAGGCACAGGCAUUACGCCCAUGCUACAGCUGAUUCGACACAUCACCAAGGACACCAGUGAUGGGACCAGGAUGUCCCUCCUCUUUGCCAACCAGACAGAAGAGGAUAUCUUGCUGAGAAAGGAGCUAGAAGAAGUCGCCACAACUCAUCACAACCAGUUCGACCUGUGGUAUACCCUGGACAGGCCUCCCAGUGGCUGGGACUAUAGCUCGGGCUUUGUUACUGCUGACAUGAUCAAGGAGCACCUCCCUCCUCCUGGGGAGACCACACUCAUCCUGGUAUGUGGCCCACCACCUCUGAUCCAGGAGGCAGCUCACCCCAGCCUGGAGCAGCUCGGCUAUACCAAGGACAUGAUUUUUACCUACUAACACCUCUCAUGCUACUUAGCGGGUCCCUCUCUGUUUCAGAGUGAGUGAGUUUGGCUUCACCCUCUCCAACUAGGGUAUUUGCAAGGUGUCUCUCCAUGCACCCUUAGGCAUGAUGUUCUUUUAGUUGUGGGCACAGGAAGAGUUCAAGGGGCUGGGAACAAAAGUGAUUUUUGAGCUUUUGGGGGCUAGGGAGGAAGCCAUUUUCUCCAUGACUUUCUCCAUGGCUUAGUGGAAUAAAUGGAACUAUUCUGCAUUUAGCUCACAAUGUGUGAAUAUAUAGAAAAUACACUGGGCAAGCCAGGAUGUACCAAUGUGGAGUAGGGGUGUGAUCAGAACUGGCAAUAUAGCAAUGGUUACAGGAUAGAAUUCUAGCAGGAUCUAAACAGGUCUCUAUCAAGCUAACCACUUACAAACCUUCUUUAUAUUUCUCUGCUUUGAAGGCCAAACUCACAAGAGGGCAAAGGCCUUGUGUGUUCUUCCUUGCCUUGUGAGACACUUUUUAAAAAGCUAUAUGUCAGGGCAGUAAAUCCACAGUAGGUGGGCUCCAGGAACUUCUUUCUUAUCCCCUGAAUUUUGUACAGCAGAUGGAGACAUAGAGGAUAUUUAUAUUUUAGCAUCUUCCAUCUCGGUGCUGUGCUAAAGUUGCCAUUGUUAAGUUUCUUCAUUUACCAUUUCCAGAAGUUGUGCUUCAAAGCCCAGCUUUCAACCCAGAUGAUAUGGGGACCACUAGUGCCACCUGCAGUUCAGAGUGAGAAUAACAGUCUGUUACUUUAAGGGUAAGCUUACCCCAACUCCAUUCCUUAUAACCUCUCUAAUGGGCCAGAGGUUCUGUGGAGCUUCUGUUCUCUAAGUUACACAGGAGGAAACAGACAGUGUUAGUCAUGCAUUUCCCCAGUCAUUCAGACAGUGUGUGGAACACUUGCCUUUAAACCUGGAUCUGUUUAAUUCUGUCUGUUCUCCUUUUGGAAGAACUGGCAUAGUAGCAGCACUAUUAGCACUUACUGCUGGAUUUACUACUCGGUGUGGAUGUGCAUAUGUGUGUGUAUGCAGGAGGAGGAGGAGGGCGGGGGGUACAAGAAAAAGAAGAGAGGAUUGUGGUUACAGGGAGCUCUCUAUACCCUCAAAUCUCACCCACAGGGGCCCAAACACCAUCUCAAACAAGGCUGGGAGGGACUCUCCAAGUUCAUCCACCCACUUGUACUCAGUGUAUCCUUGCAUAAUGCUCUACUUAGGGAAAGACACAACUGCCCACUCUGUGCUACAUUGCCCAGUUUGCCCUUGAACUUGCUCUGUACCCCAAGUCAUCUGUUAACUGCAUAAUCCUCCUGCCUCAGCUUCCCUACUAAUAAUAACAAGGAUUACAAGCAUGUGCCAUCAGGUUCAGCUGCAAAGCCUUUCACCAGUGGACUCAUGCCACCUCGUUGGAUUUUUGUUGUUGUUGUUGUUCCCUAGACCUUCUGGUAAUUUCACUGGUCAUUUGACAAAGCCUGGAGAUGUUUUUGGCUUGCCUAGCCAGAGGAGGUGCCAAUGACAUCUGCAGGGAAGACCAAGGAUAGUGGUCAUUGGCAAUUUGAUUAAAAGCAGUACACCUGGGACUGACUUAGUCCACACAGACUACAGCAGUGCAGCGGGUUAUGUGGUAGGUACACAUGAACAUAAUCUUAGAGUGAACUGUGAACAUCUCAGAGGCACAUGGUGCUGAAGGGCAAAGUUGAUUUGGAACCAGAAGAAAGAAUAAGGGAAGUGAAGCAAAAACAAAUCAGUGGACUCACAAAGGCUGGCAAGAUGGUGGAAAGGUGGCACGAAGGUGGCAAGACGGCAUGCUCAUCUGUGAUUAAGGGAUUCAAAGCAGAAAUGUGACAAGGUGACAGUGGAGAAUGUUUGGCAGGGACCAUCUACGAAAGUGAAGAACCAAGUAGAAAACCAUGGACAGCGAUCAGAUAGCAAGGCUGGAACUACAAAAGCCAUGGCCUGGGCGGGAACUAGCUUGUAUGAGAUGGAACAGGAAAAUAAAUAAAGUUCCAGUUUGAAGACUGUCCACUAGGGGGAGGUGUUUGACCAGACACUGUACCUGAGGCA